AGUAUGCCCCAAUUUGCUUAUUCGCUUUCGCACAUUGCAUACUUACUCACUUGCAGCAUGCUUAAAUUAACGGUGUACAAUAUAUUAAUCUUCAUUGCCUUGGGCAAUGCUUCUUUUAUAGAAAAAUCCAAUUUUACAAUACUAACUUCGGAAGAAAUUGCUAACUGUGAGUUGGAAAACUCCGCCAAUGAGCUGGACACUGACUCUGUAAAUCGUAUAAAUGGCGGCCGGCCUGUAGAACUAAUCGUACCGUACCAGGUAUCGUUGCAGGUACUACGACGUGGUCGGUAUCACCACUUUUGUAGCGGUUCCAUUAUCAGCCCUCAGCACGUUCUUACCGCCGCUCAUUGCGUCACGAAGAUGAAUCCGAAUGAGAUUAGUGUAGUUGCCGGUACAUUGACAUGGCGCUAUGGUGGCGAUCGCCAUGGCGUUGCAGCUAUGCGCUCCCACCCGGGUUUCUCAUCGAGUUCAUUAAUUAUUAACGACAUUGCAGUGUUAAAGGUAACUCCGUCAUUCAAUUUGGCCAGAACGUCAAUAAGCAUAAUUUCGCUGGGUAGCCGAGCACGUGUCGGUGAGAAUGUGGCAGUGCGUUUGACAGGCUGGGGCUCCCUUACGCCUACGGGAUCGAGCGGCUUGCCAGAACGAUUGCAAAUGUUAGAUUAUCAAACUAUAUCGAACAAGGAAUGUGCGCAAAGUGGAUUUCGCAUAACAGCCAAUGAGUUGUGUGCCCUUGGCGAAAGAGGUCACGGCGCUUGUGUGGGUGACUCCGGUGGUCCACUCACAAUAUCAAACGGUACACCACAACUGGUCGGGAUUGUUUCGUAUGGCACCGCAACUUGCGCCCAGGGUCGGCCUGAUGUUUACACAAGAGUCUCAAGCUUUCUGCCAUACAUUAAUAGAGUAAUAAGCAGUGAAAUACCGUGAAGUUGUAAAACAUGCUAUUGUGAAAAUUAAAGCUUGAAAUUAGUGUUCAAACACCAGAUACAAGUUACAAAUUUAACUAAUGGAACUUUAAAAGGAAGAAACACGCGAAACUAAAUGAACAAAUACAUAAAUAAAUAAACUAUGAUACAAUAGCGACAAUGACAAUGACGUUGUUAACAAACAGACAAAACUCUGAAAAUUCAUUCAUGACGAACGGGGCGUAAGAUGGUCCACCUUUGUUUUAGUCCUAGCACAAAACAACUCUCUUCUUUGACGCCGGCUACGAAUGGAUAUUGCUUGCCAUGCCUCAUUAUCACAUAUUAUGGCGCUGAAGACAGUGCGACCUGCCAGAUGCGAACGGCCAUUUGGCCAUAAGCCAGCCAGAAAUGCCGUUGGUUGAUUUUAAAUAUCACUUGAAUAACCAUAAAUGUCCGAAGUUUACUCAAUGGCUAAUUAAAAAAUCUUAUUCGAUAUUCAUCACGGACACCUCUUCACAAAUUCCACACUACAUAUUGUACAUCAUUUGUUUGUUUUUUGCUCUUUUUUAACAUUCACAAACAUCAAACUUGAAAAUUCCAUAUGUGCAUAUGGAAGGGCCUGUGCUGAACGAUUGGCAAAGCAGUUGGGCUAAUUUAUUGCUUCAGCUAACGGCAACAUUUAGCGCGAGUCACUUGCUCGCUGACAUCAAGGCAAAGGAAUAAGAACUGAUGGCGCAACCGAACCUAAUGCAAAUGAAAACAAUUUGACUCUGAUUUGUCGCAGUUUCUAUUUAUGUACGUGCGCCCCACCGACCUCGAGUCCAAAAGCUUAAGACUAUGCCUAAUUGGACAAAUAAUGCAAGUGUUGCAUACAAACAGGCACAUGGAUGUGCUAAAAGUCAGUGGCUGUUGGCUUUUAAGCUAUAGUAAGAAAUCUUGCCUUUGUUGCACGCGACUGAAAUAUUUAAGUAAAGUUUAAUUUUUCGCACAGCAAAACUGAGCUGCACUUGCAAACAGGCACACAUUUAAAAUGAUUUGAGAAGAAAAUAUACGCUUUGCUGAGCCGACCGAGCUGCGCCCAGCGACAUUUACAUAUGCAUGUGUAUACCUACAUAUAUAUGUUUAUGUAAACAUACACAUACAUACAAAUUUUUGUUGAGAUCUAUUGGGUUUGUUCGCAUCGCUGAUUUGGCCUUUAUUCUAUCUUUUGGCGUGAACCCUAACAAAAUCAUGUGGCUUUGCUAAACCAGCAGUCAUAUUUUUUAUGCGAUAGUAGACAAACGUACUUAGCUACUUGGACGUAACUGCUCAGAGUUUCUCUCUCGGCGUUGACUGGAAUAGCAGUCAACGCGGUUUACUCAUGGCUGCGCGCACAUAAAUUCAUUUAAAUCAAUCAAUUCAAUUUGUUUGUCAAUAAAAUUUAAAUGAGUAUUUCAUUUAAGCAAAUUAAAAUCGACCCAGUUGAAUGUCGAGUUGAGUUUUUGCGCUUGAAGUUCUGAAGCUUAAAGAGCGUCACCCGAUGUACCGAAGACUGCAAUCAUGCUUGCGUACGCUAUGCUACCAUAUGUAAACAACAAAUAAAAAGCGUUGCUGACACAUCAAGCGUCUACUAUGGAGUUUCAAGCUAAAUGUUUUCUUACAAGUAUAAGUCAUUUCUGCGCAGAAAUUAAAAAAUUUCUGAAUUUAUUAUAUUAUGUUUUUUUUAGUAAUGAAUAUGCAGAGUGUGGGUACAAUCUGUUUGAGUAAUCGCCAUGUAGUAAAUAGACAAACUUCAAUGUUGGGAAUUUUACUUUUUACAAUUAUGCAAGAUUGUAAUACUUUUUUGUAAACCCAUGUUGAACAAGUCGUAUCAAUCAUGCGUACAAAAACUUUUUGAGCAAUGGUCAGCUGAUAAAUACAUAGACUGAAAGCCGUAUAACACCCAAGUAUAAACACGCAACGAAAAUUAUCGUUGUGUAGUGGCAUCAAAAACACAUAGAGAAUUGUUUAUUGUUGAUAAUUUUAAGUGCGUUUCAAGCUGGAAUAUUGUCAACGAAAAUAAUAAAUAAUAAAAUAAGAAGUUGUGGCACACACACAUAUACAUAUGCACUUGUACGUGCAUGCAUAGAUUUUUAAAAGAA